AAUUGUACUUACAACAAUUAUGGGCUCAGAUUUGUGGACGUUUCAGAACCCUGUUUUUAGUUUUUAUACUCUUUGUGCAGCAGUUUUGUUAUUUAAAACUAUUUUUAUGUCCAUGUGGACUGGAUAUAAGAGAAUUACAUUAAAGGUAAUUUUGUUAUUUAUUGUUUAUGCAUGCAAGUUAUGCAAACCCUUUCGGCCUCUGGCCCGCCUUUUGUAGUUUCAGAGUACGUAAAUAUUGCCACAAUAUUUUCACAGUAGCCUCCUCCGCAGGCAUCUCACCCGACGAAUCGGGUGGUGGGAAAAAGUUCGCAGGCUAGAACCCAUAGAGAGGCCUGCGGAGGAGGCUAUUUUCACAGUUUAUUUUUAUGUAAACUAUUUGUUCAAAUGUUUUGUUCAAAUACGUUAUUUAAAACGAACUUUGAAUUACAUAAGCACAAAACAUUUUACAUAAUUUGAAUUAGGAAUAAUUAGCAACAUUCCUCUGUGUUGAUGAUAACAGAUUUAAUAUUUUUAUACAAAUUUAUUGGGGUGUUGUGUGGGGUAUGAUACCCCACUCUUUAGAAAAAACUCCUCGGGUAAAACAGAGCCGAUGUUAGGAAAAACUAUGACUUGUUGGUAAAUUUAUUGGAAAUGGUCUGUAUAAAAUUGAGUUGGUUGGUAAAGCGGGUGUAUAGAAACACCCCCUGCUCUCGGAAUGGUCUCGAUACACCACUGAUUUUGUUUGACUCAACUUGUACUUCAUUUGUGAUGUGAGAAAUUCAUUGGGUUUUUGAAAGGAAUCUCAUAUACAGUUGGUAAAUUUAGUGGCAAAUAAACCUGAUUUAUUUUUAGAACUAUGCAUGGCCUGAGGACUAUGUGCGUGCAGGAUUGAAAGCAGAAGCCAAACCUCCACAUCCUGCGGUGGAAAGAGUUCGAAGGUCUGUAUAGUGCGGACUACGACUUGACACUUUCCCUGAGACAGGCCUCCCUUGCCUUGGCGGGGGUGGGUGUGGCAACUUCAUAAUCUUCAUUAUCAAAUAUUUUUUCAAUUUGGAAAUGCAAUACCUGAUCACCCUUACCCUGCCACUGGCACAUAGCUCCUAGUGACCAUUCCCACAAACUCUAGUUCUCUACUUCAUUGAUUUUGUUCUAACACCAAACGAUUUUACUCGUCAAGGGGAGAGUCAGUGGGUUAAUCUGCCCAUGUGUCUCGUUAACCCAUUAAGUUGCAUUGUGUCCUAAUGUGCCCUACUUCAUUAUCUUACUAUGUCGAACGUCACACGAUUUUACUUGUCAACGGGAAGAGUGCUUAGUGGGUUAACCAAUUUAUUAUAUUUUAUAGAUGUCAUCAGAAUGAUCUGGAAAACAACAUUCCAUUUGUUAUGAUUGGUCUACUCUAUACAUUGACAAAUCCUUCUGUACUAACAGCAAAACUUCUGCUUGGUGGAUUCCCAGUGUUUCGUUUGGUUCACACUUCUGUAUUCUUGAAUCAAAUUCCUCAGCCAAGUCGAUUCCUUGCAUUUUUAUUUGCUUUCAUCAUUAAUGUUGUCAUGCUUAUCUCUGUUAUCAUACAUGUAUUGCCUCAGCUAAUCUAGGUAUACAAGCUUAAGUUUGGCACAUUGAGAAUGGAUAUAUUUUUUACUACGGUUCAAUGUCAGUAGCAUGUUGAUUAAUUAAAUAAAAUGUAGUUUUCGUGAAACAGUAUGUAAUAAAAUGUACAAUUAAGAAUAUGUUGU